UUAUCGCUGCUGUUAAGGAUCAGAUCUGGUCUUACCUAGCAGCCGUUCGCUUCCUGCGUGCCGUGGCUGCUGACUGAUACAGGCUGGACGUCAGAGCUUUUAGCUCUAAUAUUUUGCCGACAUGCAGAGGCGUGCUGCUUUAUUCAAGUCACAGGGGCCAGAGCCCGCCUCAGCGAGACGUCCCUCCCCAAAGUGCCGGGACCCUCUGCUGCCACCCCGAGCAAAGCAGGCACCUUCGCAAAAGGAGUCAAAGCCUCCCAGCUGUCUCCGACGGCACAGGACGAGACAUGUCUACGGGGAAGAUCUGUUGUUUGGUGAUGCUGACCCUGGGGGUGCUGGCAGCAGUGGUUGUGCUUGUGGUCAUCCUAACUCAACCCAAGUGCGGUCCUCAGCGCUACCUGCACGGUGCCGUGGCUGCCGACACUGAGACCUGCUCUGUCAUUGGCCGGGACAUCCUGAAAAGUGGAGGCACAGCUGUGGAUGCUGCCAUCGCUGGCUUGAUCUGCACCUCAGUGAUGAACCCUCAGAGUUCGGGCCUGGGUGGUGGAGUCGUAUUUAGCAUCUAUAAUGCCAGCACAGGAACAGUUGAAGUGAUCAAUGCCCGUGAGACAGUGCCACGAGUGUUCCCACAAGAUUUAUUGUCUGACUGUGCUCACAUUCCCAUCGGUUCCCGCUGGAUUGCUGUACCAGGAGAACUUCGUGGGUAUGAAGAAGCCCAUAAGCGACAUGGCCGCUUACCAUGGAAAGCCCUGUUUGAACCAACCAUCAAGCUCCUUUCUGACCCGCUUGUCAUUUCCCCAGUUAUGGACAAAAUAAUCCAUCACCCAGACUUUGCCAGUCUAGGAAGCCGCCUGUGCCCACUGAUAUGUGAUGGUGAAAGGUUUUUGAAGCGUGGAGAGACCUUCAGGUGGCCAGCACUGCAGCAAACACUGCAAGCUGUAGCAGAAAAAGGAGCUACAGCAUUUUAUGAAGGACAGCUAGGAAGGGCCCUGGUGGAGGACAUUAGGAAGGCUGGAUCCACUAUCUCACUGGAGGACCUUCAGGAAUACAAAGCAGAGGUGUCCCCGGCUCUGAACAUCACCCUGAACAAUCACACCACGCUGUUUUCUCCUGGACCACCCAUGGGAGGUGCUGUGCUCAUGUUCAUCCUCAAGAUACUGGAAGAGUAUAAAUUCCAUGAAGCAUCACUGGCAACACCUGAGGAGAAGGUAGAAACCUACCAUCGCAUUGCAGAAGCCCUGAAGUUUGGCAAUAUGCUAAAACCCAAUAUGAGUGACCCAGCCUUCUCUGAAGCUCAGGAGACUGUGGGGACCAUACUGUCUGACAAGAUUGCUGAGCUUGUCAGACACCGAAUAGACAGACGUGGUGACCACCCGCUCAACCAUUACAACUUGUUGGAGUCCAUCUACAACCACAGAUACGAAAGCAAGGGCACAAGCCACAUCUCUGUGCUUGCUGCAGAUGGCAGUGCCGUGUCCGCCACCAGCACCAUCAACUACCCGUUUGGCUCCUUUGUGUAUUCUAAACGAACUGGGAUUAUUUUAAAUAAUGAACUCGCUGAUUUCUGCAUGGCAAAGAAAAGCAUUAAAUCAGGAGAGAAGCCUCCCUCAGCAAUGGUGCCUUCCAUUCUCAUCUCCAAGACGGGAGACAUGCUGGUGAUCGGAGGAGCAGGUGGGGCCCAGAUUAUCAGUGCUACAAGUAUGGCAAUUAUAAACAAGCUGUGGUUUGGCUAUGACUUGGAACGUGCCAUUUCAGCUCCCAUCAUGCAUACAGAUGGUGACAAUAUCCUGUUUGAGGAACAUUUCAGUGAGGAGGUUAGGAGUGGCCUGCUGAGAAGAGGACAUAAAGAAAAGGAAUUUAAAUUUGCAAUGAAUGUUGUGCAGGGAAUUUCCAAGGAAGGAAAAUGCAUCUCUGCUUAUUCUGAUAAAAGGAAGCUGGGGAAAUCGGCUGGAUAUUAGUAUGAAAUACCACCACAACCCACAAAACCACAGGAGACAACUCGAGUCAGAACGUGCUUUGGCUUGGACAUGCCAAUAUUGCCUGUUCCCAUCAGGAUGCCUCCCAGCGUAUGGGCAAAACUCAUGAUUACACCCCAUCCCAGCAGACUGUAAGUCACCUUCAGGCAAUACAAGGACAGGUCAAGCCAGGCGCGUUUAGAGCUACACCUUCCAUUCUUUAUGUGAUACAUAGAAACACUUAUUUCUUGAGCACAUCAGCUACUCAGAAUAAGAGAAUACAAAGUGGGAAAGGAAAAUUGAUCCAAAACCCACUGGGAACACUGUGAAACGACCCAGCUGUAUCUUCCAUUCCUGCUGGAGAGUCUCAGUUAAGAGCAGAAUUGGUUUCAUUUAGGCUGUUGCCACAAUAAGCUUAUUAUUACUGGGGCUCAGCGAUAUGAAACAAUGAACUAUUUUGGUUAUGAGGAUUAGAAGAAGUGUCUGUAGGGUCAGGAUUUUAAAAUCUUAAGUAUUCAGGCUUAGAGUGUGGGUUUGGAAAGGGAAGAGAACAAAACUACGCUUUCCCUCUUGGUUUUCCCACCCAAAGCCCAACUUUUCCCAAAGGUGGCAGAUGAAAUCAGUGCACCAUAGCACUAGUCUGCUGCCCUACUGCUCCCUGCCUUGGGGAUGCAAAGGACCCCACAAGCUCAGAGUAACUGUGCCGGAACUUUCUUCAACCCUGCAUACAGGUGACUUUAAGAAUAAGCCUCCCACAGGGCAACGUGAACGCCCUGCUCCUGGGAUGGACAGGCUUCAGCUCAUUUCCCCAGGGACACUUCUCCCUGUGGUGAGCGGAGUGCCAGCCUGUGCCAGUCCUGCCGCCUCAAUGUCAGCAGAAGAGAAGUCAUUUGGGAAGGUAGGUGAGGACUGCAGGGGAAGAGCUAUUGUUUUUGAAAGCUUUACAGCUUUCUUCAGCAUGUAAAGGAUACAUGAUCGAAGACUUCAUUUAUAGCCAUGGGCUAUAAUGAACCUCACCAUUUAUAGCCUAAGGGCAUGGUCCAGCUCCCUGUUUACCACAAGUCUCUAGAGUUCCCUUAAGAUCACAAGGAGGAAACUGUGGGACUGCUUAACAACUAUCACAGAGAGAGGAAAACCUCUGGAGCAGAGACCUGAACUCAUGCACCUGGUCACAAAACAUCUUUCGCAGUUACUCCAUAGCCUUGCCCUGCUCAAAAUGGCCAAGAGAAUCAAACAUUUAAGGGAAGGAAUAAAAAAGAAAAAAAAGACGGGGGCAAAACCCAAAAGCCAAACCUCCCCAAAGCUCUUCUCAAAUACCUAGAGGCAAGUUCGCACAACCCCCAACGACUCCAUUUUCUGAAAGUUUGAGCUGUGCUUCCCUAUGGGCACAGACAGUAUGGCGUGUGUUUCUGAAAGCAAAGCCAAACCAGAACAAGGCGCUAGCAGAGCCCUCCCUGUUGCAUAUUAGUUCUUUCCCCACACACACACAAGCAAGUAAAAUUCCUCUGUAAACACCAUAACAAAUAUUUGAGCACAAGCCAUUAAAAAACCAAACCCAAACAAGGCCAUCCACACGCCCCCUUGCAAACAAGGUCAGAUAGGUUUUAAGUCUAUGUUCUUACCCACAAAGCCUGUCCAAUAAAGCCACUGACUUGUUGGAGUCUCAGCCUUCACUUGCAUUUUAAUGAUGGUCUGAGUGAAGCUUAGAGCCAGACAUGUGUUUUCCUUCAGAAACUGUACACUAAGGACUGUAGGAUGACCGCAGCUGUACUUGCGCUUAAUGAAAAGGUAUUUCCAAGUUACCAGAUCAUAACCACAAGCACAUAAUCAUGCAUCUGGAAGUCAAGUUACUUAUGUAUACAGCCAGUUCCACACACUGCUCCCCCCCCUCCAGCAGAGCUGUUUACUCAAGCCACGGAAGGCACAGCACCCUGUUAGGCUACAUUACAGCCAAAUGUGAAUAAAGAAAGGGAAGAGGCCUUAAAGCGCAAGGGGGAGCAGCAUUUAUGUUCAUUUGGAAGGCAUGACAUUGGGGUUUUAUUCAAUCUACAUAAUUUGCUGAAGUUUUCUACUUUAACUCACCUCAGCUACCAGUUCCUGGGUGCAUUGGUUCUAGUGUCAGAAAUAACUCCCCAGCUGCAAAGUUCUCACCAGGGAGGCACUUAGGGCACCAGGCACCAUCUGUGGCUCACAUUUCAGGACCCAACAAACUAGACCGGCUGCUGGCUUUAGCAAGAUCUGCAGUUAUUUCUAGCUAACCCCACUGAGUUUAGCGUUUACAAAAAGCAACUGAGAAUGGCAUUGGGUGCAGACAGGGAGAGCGGUUCUGGCUUUGGGGAGCUUUCAGUGGUGUCCUGGGCGAUACUCCAUCAUGUUUGGCUAGCAGAAAAAACAAGUCACCAAUUAACUAAGCCUCCAAUUACCUUUGCUUCUGACAUACCGUAGGGUAAAGCACACCUCGGUGAUCCAGCCUAUCACCUUUCCAGUGCAGCAGUAUCACAGCUAUUUCCCAAAACAAAGACAUGCAAAUUAUCUGUAGUCCAACGCUCACUGCAAUUCAACUACAUUGCUACUAACAUUGAAACUGAGCCAACCAAGCAGUCUUGAAACCCAUCACAGCUUUAAUUUGCAAGACAGAAAGGAAUGAGAGUGCAGAUCUCUCACUGUGGCAGACACUUCCAGCCCUGUAGUCCUCACCAGCAAAACAUCCAGUGAAGCCGAGGGGUUGAAGCUCCCUCAUCUCCUCUGCUCUUGCCCUGCCACCUACUCACCACUGCUGAAAUUUGCUUGGGUCAAGAGCCUCCCAGUCUGGUCUCACCCCAUUUAUGUUCGUGCCAACAGGAGAGCAUUAUUUUUGCACUCAGUCAACUUAGAUGGACUUCUAAAGCAUCACUGUACAGAGGCUGCUCUAUUUUCUAAUGAAGUCUCUAAAUUAUAUUUUUAAUAAAGUGGUUUUAAACCUG